CGAAAUCCAUUCGAUUUCUUCCUAUUUAAAUGCCCUUCCACUCGCCUCGCUCCCCGUCUCUCUCGUCGCCGCUCUGCACCUCUCACUCUCCAUCUCUUGGGGAAGCGCAGAGGGGCUUCGGUGUAAGAUAUCCAUAACAUGGCUGACGGCGAGGAUAUCCAGCCUCUUGUCUGCGACAAUGGUACUGGAAUGGUCAAGGCUGGUUUCGCCGGAGAUGAUGCACCUAGAGCUGUAUUCCCUAGCAUCGUAGGCCGACCUCGCCACACUGGUGUCAUGGUUGGGAUGGGUCAAAAAGAUGCUUAUGUUGGUGACGAGGCUCAAUCAAAGAGAGGUAUCCUGACCUUGAAGUACCCUAUUGAACACGGCAUUGUUAGCAACUGGGAUGACAUGGAGAAGAUCUGGCAUCACACCUUCUAUAAUGAGCUUCGUGUUGCCCCUGAGGAGCACCCUGUAUUGCUCACCGAAGCCCCUCUCAAUCCCAAGGCAAACCGAGAGAAGAUGACCCAGAUUAUGUUUGAAACCUUCAAUGUUCCGGCUAUGUAUGUAGCAAUUCAGGCUGUUCUUUCCCUUUAUGCUAGUGGUCGUACAACCGGUAUUGUGCUUGAUUCUGGUGAUGGUGUGAGCCACACUGUUCCUAUAUACGAAGGAUAUGCCCUCCCUCAUGCCAUCCUUCGUUUGGACCUUGCUGGUCGUGACCUCACAGAUGCUUUGAUGAAGAUUCUUACGGAGAGAGGUUAUUCCUUCACUACCACUGCUGAACGGGAAAUUGUCAGGGAUAUCAAGGAAAAGCUUGCGUACGUUGCCCUGGAUUAUGAACAGGAGCUGGAGAAUGCCAAGGGUAGUUCCUCUGUGGAAAAGAGCUAUGAGUUACCUGAUGGGCAGGUCAUCACGAUUGGUGCGGAGAGAUUCAGAUGCCCGGAGGUUCUCUUCCAGCCAUCUCUGAUCGGCAUGGAGGCUGCUGGUAUCCAUGAGACCACUUACAAUUCCAUCAUGAAGUGUGAUGUGGAUAUCAGAAAGGACCUGUAUGGCAACAUCGUUCUCAGUGGUGGUACGACUAUGUUUCCUGGAAUCGCUGACCGCAUGAGCAAGGAGAUCACAGCGCUCGCCCCAAGCAGCAUGAAGAUUAAGGUGGUUGCCCCACCAGAGCGGAAGUACAGUGUCUGGAUUGGAGGCUCCAUCCUUGCUUCGCUCAGCACUUUUCAGCAGAUGUGGAUCUCCAAGGGCGAAUACGAGGAAUCCGGUCCUUCCAUUGUCCACAGGAAGUGCUUCUGAGUUCCAUGGUCCCCAAGUCACGGUUACUACUCUUCAGGCUGCUUUUCAAGACUGAAUCACGCAAGUCUUUUUCCAAAUUGAUGUGGUUUUGUUGGGGGUAUGUUGGAUUUGCUCGAGCUGUACCUGUACUUUAGGCACCAUAAAUAUAUGUGAACUGCCAUAACAUCACUGCUUAAAAUCUGUUUCUGCAAUGAAGGCUAUUUAUCGGAAGUUGACAAUGGUUGCCUGA